AUUUUAGUUAAUUGAAGUGUGAUAUUUAACCACUGAAGGUUUGCAAUGACAUCACAGAUAGUCGGAACUUUGGUUUUAUAUCUAUGUAAAUAAUACGAAUGAGAAGACAGAACAUAAAAUAUACCGCUUAAAGAAAAUAGGAAUAUUUCCCACAAAAUACUUCGCGCAAUUUAAAUAUUUUGGUGAGUAUACACCUCGUCAGCCACAGCUGAACUGAAGACAAUUACUAGUUUAGCCAUAUAUAUUUUAUACACAUAUAAAACAUACAUUAUUUAUAUAUUUUCAUCCAUACAUAAAUGUGAUUAUAACAAUUCAUGCGAAAACGAUUCAAGCAGUACCUUUCUACUAUAAAUGCAUGUUGCAGUCUUUCAUAUUUUCUCCUUAUAUCCGAACAAAGAUUGACUGAAUUGUUUGUAAUAGGAAAAAAUCUAUUUAUAUAGUUAUCUGUUGAACCUGACCAAACCUGUUUAGUUAUUUGACAAAUACAUUUAAGAGUUAAAAUCUAUUUCAUGUUUCAUUUUGUGUAGACGUGUCCUCGCUACAGUAACUUUGAUUUUUUAUUAUCCUUCAAACUCCUUCAUUCACUCUAUCCUGAAGAAGGAAAAUAGAUUAAUAAGUGGCGGGAAAGCAAAAAAGAAUAAUUAGAAACAAAAAGACAAUCAAGACUUGGAAAAUUUAAUUAGAUUUUUAAGUAAUGGCUGUUGGUGGGAGCAGUUUGGAUGGAUUUUCUCGAGAACACCGAGAUCUGAUGGAGGGUAUAUUCGAAGAAGAUAUUUCAGUGGAAAAUUUAGUGAGAAAUUCAUUAUCAGACGACAACAAAACUGUUGAUAAAUCGGUGACUUUCACAGAUUGGACUGAUGAUGUUUACUGUGAGGUUUUCACUGAAAACGGCUCCAGUUGUCAAGAUUCUGAUAGCAUGGCUUCAGAUAAAUUUAACUCUGACGAUAAUAAUUCAGUAACGAACGAAUCUGAAUCUUCGAAUAAGUCUAAUGAUGGAAAAUCGAAAAUGAUAUCUUUAGAAGGAUCUUUCAAAAACAUGGGCUUCAUGAUGUCUUCUGUUGCAAAGAAGAUACGAGCACCGAUUGACAAACUGAGGAAUUCCAAGAAGGAUGAACCCCCACCGCGACGAAGAAAGUCUUCCUUUGCAGAACUUUCAAGUGUGAAAAUAAACAAACUUCCUCAACUGUUCGUUGCUAAAUACCUGGGUAAGAGAAAUUGUACAAAUUUAGUCGGAGCACGAGUAACGAAGAAGCACGUGGAUAACAUGAUGAAAACAAUAUUGAAAAAAGUUGAUUCUUCGGGAGAUAUCGAAUUACCAUUGAAGUACAUAAUCGUAUCAACGAAAGGCAUGCAUUUUAAGGAACAUCCUUUGAACCAAGUGAAAGGAGUCGACGAUCUAAAGGACUGUUCUUUAGAGUCAAUAUCCUACUGUGUACAAGAUAUCAAGUACUGGCGAGUUUUUUCUUAUAUUUUAGUCAAAGAACUAUCUUCCAGGAAUUACGUUGCUGAAUGCCAUGCUUUUCUCUGCGAUUCUCCGGUAAGUGCCCGUAAAAUGGUUGUUUCUUUAGCUGCCGCUUUCAAACUACAGCUGGAAAAACUGAAAAAAGAAGGUUUGGAAAACCAGCAGUUUUGCGUAGAACUUCGAACUCCCAGUGAAUUAAAGACUUCCCUGGGUGAUGACUGUGAUGUUUGAUGCUGACAAUACAAUUUAAUUAAUUCCAUUUCAGUUUUUUAAACAAAUCCAUGCUAACAGACAUUAAACUCAGUUGUACAUAUCAUGUCACUAUCAUCAAAUAUAUAAAUAUUCAAUAAAUUGAAUGUGUGUGUAUAUAUAUAUA